UGUGUGUGUGUGUGUGUGUGUGUGUGUGUGAGUGUGAGAAACCAUACAGGGUUGCAGCCAGGCCACAGAGACACAGCAAGCCUGAGAGAGCGGUUUGAUUGGCCACAAUGUCGUGAGGAGCAGAGGAGUAGGGGGAAGUGAAGGGCAGGGAGACAGCAUCAACCACCAUGGAGAUCUGCAUCAUCCCAAUAAACAAGGCUCAACCUGGCCUGACAAGGCCAAUCAAGAACAGUCCUGUAGGAAAACAAAUGCUAGGAUUGGCUGAGACGCGGCAUCGGUUUCAAGGCGCCCUGCUUUCUGUUGGAAGGUCUUGUGAAUGGAGGGGGCGCCUGGAAACCGGUGGAAUCUGCACGGAGUGAGAGGAGCUGCGAGCCUCUGGACUUCCAACCGCUCAGCAUGCGAACUGACGCUCUGUGUGAAUUCAAGUCGAAAAAGGAUGGAAAUAUAACAUUUUUUAAACUUUAAACAUUUUUUGUUUUGUGCUAAAGUGACAACGCUUACGUGUUAGACACGUUGGAAUAACUUGGGGUUGCAUUACUUCAAGAAAAUGGGACUUUAAGUGGUAUUUUCACCGGGUCGGGAGUGAGAGUGGGCUGCUUGGAGUCACUUACAAAGACCAUCAAGAAGUCAUGACACGACGAACGUUUCACUUGGAUUUAACUUCAUAAAAUACGAGGAAAAACGGUCGCAGCAAUUUUAACUCGAAGCACUCGUAUUACAGGCUAACGUGGUGCGACAAUUAAUGUAGAUUUCUUCGCUUUUUAACAGUUUUCAAGUCGCCCUACUUGGAUCAAAGUUUUUUCCUUCCCUCCCCCCCUCCUCCUCAACUAUGGCGGCGGCCAGGUCCACCACUGGCUCAGUGUUGCUGCGGAUCAUGUGGCUGGUGUGCGGGUUGUCCUUCUCAUCCACUUCUGCUCAACAUUACAACAGUGAGAGUGGGAUUUCUAUCCCAGAACACGGGUUCUGCCAGCCCAUCUCUAUCCCGCUUUGCACCGACAUCGCCUACAACCAGACCAUCAUGCCGAACCUCCUGGGCCACACGAACCAGGAGGACGCCGGGCUAGAGGUGCACCAGUUCUACCCUCUGGUUAAGGUCCAGUGUUCUGCUGACCUAAAGUUCUUCCUCUGCUCCAUGUAUGCACCAGUCUGCACAGUGCUGGAGCAGGCCAUACCCCCUUGUCGGUCCCUGUGUGAGCGUGCACGGCAGGGAUGUGAAGCCCUCAUGAAUAAGUUCGGCUUCCAGUGGCCGGAGCGGCUCCGCUGCGAGGCUUUCCCCGUCCACGGAGCCGGUGAGAUCUGCGUCGGUCAGAACACGUCCGAACCCAGCGGCCCGGCCUCGUCCUCCCCCUAUGCACCCGAUGCUGUGACCCUUCCCCCAAACAUAGGCCGACCCAACCCACACCCGCCCCAGCACAACCAGUUCUCCUGCCCUCUACAGCUGCAGGUGCCUACGUACCUGGGCUACCGAUUUAUGGGGGUCAACGACUGCGGGGCCCCAUGUGAGCCCACUAAACCCACCGGCAUCAUGUAUUUCCGGGAGGAUGAGGUCAAAUUCGGCCGGCUGUGGGUUGGAAUCUGGUCCAUUCUGUGCUGUGUGAGCACCUUAUUCACAGUGCUCACAUAUUUAGUGGACAUGAGGCGGUUCAGGUACCCCGAGAGGCCCAUCAUCUUCUUAUCUGGGUGCUAUUUCAUGGUGGCGGUAGCCUACGCUGCUGGAUUUUUCCUGGAGGACAAAGUUGUUUGCGUGGAUAAAUUCAAAGAUGACGCCUACAGGACAGUGGCUCAGGGGACUAAAAAGGAGGGCUGCACCAUCCUCUUCAUGGUGUUGUACUUUUUUGGUAUGGCCAGCUCCAUCUGGUGGGUGAUUUUGUCCCUGACUUGGUUCCUCUCUGCCGGGAUGAAAUGGGGCCAUGAGGCGAUUGAAGCCAACUCCCAGUACUUCCACCUGGCCGCUUGGGCUGUCCCGGCCAUCAAAACCAUCACCAUCCUUGCCAUGGGCCAGGUGGACGGCGACGUCCUGACCGGGGUGUGUUUCGUUGGGAUCUUCAACGUGGACGCCCUCCGCGGCUUCGUCCUGGCUCCGCUUUUUGUCUACCUGUUCAUCGGUACAUCCUUCCUCCUGGCCGGCUUUGUGUCCCUCUUUCGGAUCCGCACCAUCAUGAAGCACGACGGCACCAAGACGGAGAAGCUGGAGAAGUUGAUGGUGCGGAUCGGCGUGUUCAGUGUGCUCUACACGGUACCGGCCACCAUAGUGAUCGCCUGUUACUUCUACGAGCAGGCCUUUAGGGAGCACUGGCAGCGGACCUGGCACAUGCAGACAUGCAAGCGGUUCGCCGUACCCUGCCCGGUUCACAACUUCGCCCCCAUGACUCCAGACUUCACCGUGUUCAUGAUCAAAUACCUGAUGACCAUGAUCGUCGGCAUCACUUCGGGUUUCUGGGUCUGGUCCGGCAAGACUCUCCAAUCAUGGCGGAGUUUCUACAAGCGCCUUAGCAACGGUAACCAUGGAGAGACAACGGUGUAAAGUUUCGAGGAAGAAAAGGCACAAAGCCCGUGGGCUUUUGGAUACAAUAACCAUGUAAAUGAGGUCAAAUAGCUUUCCUUUUUAAUACUAUUUUGGACAUUUUUUUCCACAUGUGUCUUCAGGUUGUGACAGCAAUUCAGGCUUUUGGACACCAACCAAACUUUAAUCUAUAUUCGAUAGAAGUUGGAUGAUUUUUUCAAUAUAUUUCCUUUUUUUUUUUUUUUUUUUUUGUCGUUAUCAGCCCACACUCCUGGCUUUUGCAUCUUUGGAUUAUAAACUGGUGUGAAUUGCCAUAGUGGUCCCUGGACUGUAAUGCCUGGCUGGAGAGGGUUUCUUUUAAUAUGAAACUUCCUACAUAUUAUUGAAUAUAUCCUAUUACAAUUUGAAUGUACAUCCUGUCUACUUCGUGAGAGUUUUUCAGUGGAAAACACCAUAACAGAAAAGACUGAUGGAUCUAGCAGCGUGGCCAUCUGCCCAUGCUGCAGCAAAAAGGUCAAUGGUUUGAUCCUUACCACCGACACCCUCUGACUGUGAAUUCAUUAAUUUUGGAUGCCUGGAUUAUACAUGUACAUUUUAGGUUACUCUGCUUUUAGCUAAAGACCGAAAUGCUUUAAUAUGUGUUAGAUAUUGCAGAGUACAAUCUCGCCUGUUUUUAAUCUGAGAAAAAGUCCAACUAGUGACUCCAUGCCAUUAUGUGCCAAGUGGCUGCCCACAAAUCAAAACUUUAUUUCAUUUUUUUUUUUUUUACUUUAAUUUUUCAGACUGUUGAGUAUUUGCUUCUGUAUUGAAUGUUCACUCCGAAGGUGAAUGAAGUUAUGUAUUGGUUUGCACAGCUAUCCUAAAGGUUAAAAGUGUUAAAAAUGACUGAUUCAUCACAGGAUGACCUGGAUUAAACAGUAAGGGAGACCACACACACACACACACACACACACCACUCUGCAAUGACACAACAGCUUAUUGUUUGUCUCUGUGUGUGGUCUUUCAACUAUUGGAUCCCUCAUCAAAAAGACUUCUAGGUUUUAAGACCUCCAAAGCACCAUUUCAAAGAUCCAGAUUUAAUCCAUACUGGGUGAAAAUGGUUGCUUGAGAUUUUUGAUGUUAUUUUAUACACAUUCACGCUUGUAUUCUAGCCAGUGUAACUGAAUCUGCCUUAAUCCCUCACUUGAAGUGUUAUAUGUUUUUCACAAGCAGACUGAACAUUUCAGAGUUUUUUAAUGAAGCAUUAUUUUAGUGUCUUGGCUACCUUACAGAAGCCCUCAAAACACAUAAACUGCAUUUAUUGUCCCUGAGUCUGGAAACGGGACUUGUGUUUGAUGUUUUAAAUCUCGGGAAACACCAGAAAGGAGGUCAAAGGUCACUACCUUGUGGAAUAAAUUUUUAUUUGGAGGGACAGCAGUGGAGACGGACUGUGCAGAGGUGGAUUGUUUAAUUCGGGACAGAAUCACUUGAGACAAUACACUAAUUUAUUAAUAAAAGUUAUUAAAAUUAAACAAUCACAUACAUAGUUAAACAACCCAAAAGUGUAUUUCAGUACUGUUCAUUUAUUUUCUGAAAGUAGUUCAACACUAUUUAUUCAAGUAAGAAAACACUACAUUUAGAAUAACAGUGUCCUCACUUAACAGUGCUGAAUGCAUCAUUGGUAACCUAAAGCAUCAACGUAAAACGGUAACCAGUGAUUUAGUCCCAUUGCUAAUCCUCUGUUGCAUCUAAUACACUGAAUUUAAUGAGUAACCCGCAGUUUAUUUCUCUGACUAAAUAAUGAAAUCGGUAGGAGAUCUUGUGGGGCAAAAAAAGCGUGUUAUUCUAACGGAGUCAGCUGCAAGGCAGCAUGUGUUUGCCAGAAGGUUUUUGUUUCUUGUCAUGUAGAACAUUUUCUUUACAUACAUCACAUGUAAAUGAUGAAUAGAAACACCCUGCAACAAUGGGGGUAAACUAAUUACCUUAAAGACUUGGUGUUCUAGUGCAUUUUAAUCUCUAAAGCUGUGUCUUGAAUCCACUCAUACUAAUAGUAGAACAUAUGUAUAUUUUCUACUAGUGUAUACACUUAAGUACCAAUCCUCAUCGUAUACUCUUAAAGCGGUUUGUCUACGAGAAGUGCCACAGUUCCCAUUUGAAUGCACUAUACCUCAAACCUAGGAUAAAAUUAGUAUGUAGGAUUGAGUUAGGAAGCAGGUCAACACUCCACUACCCAUAUCUCGUGUCCAUAUUUUAACCGUAUGAGGUAAUUGCCUUCAGGCAGCUGAAUCUGCCAGUGUCAGUGAUACCAGACUGAUGUUUGUCUUGUGCUAAGUUUUCAGAAGGAAUAUAAGUGUGUGGUUUUCUUUUUUUAUUGGAACAUAUGCAGCCUACCAAGUAAACACAGACUCUGUUUUGUAAAGGCAUAUUGUAUUUAUGGGGAUACUCAUUUUUGUCUUUUUUUUUUUUUUUUCUUUUUUUUUUACAUGUUUUUUAAAUGAGAUAAGCCUGUUGUAUGUGUACAGUUUGAAUAAAAUUGUUAAGGUUUGUAAUGCGUUGCUCCUUGUGGUUUGUCUUCAGGUGAACUCUUGUGCAUGUUGAGCUUCACAGUAAAUGUAUGACCUUGGAAAUAGCCAUUGACAAAACAUCUCAAUCUCAGAGUAAUUAGACCUUGAGUUCAGAUUGUUUUGUCAACAUAUGCAUGGUAUUUAUUGUUAAAUAAUGCACCACCGUAUUGCUGUCACUUACCACUUUAACCUUAUGGCACGCCAGUGAAAAUACUUUUCAUUCAUGGGCAGGACACAUGACUUUGUAGACAUUAGUAAUGACACACAGGCAACAUUGUGAUGCUGCUUAGCAGCACUUAGGCCAAUAAGUGAACAACACAAGUCACACAAUCCUUAAUGUUAUUGAUUAUAACUUGAUACUUUUUAUUGCUUGCACUGUCUUCAGAAUCAGGUUUAUUGGCCAGGUAUGUCUGCACAUACAAGGAAUUUGACUAGCUUUAAUCAUACAAGAACAAGUUAUUCUGUGUAACAUUACUCUGAGAAUAGUAGUGAUUCUGUUUACCUGCCAAAGAUCUGUUACUUGAUGAAAGUCGAACAUACCAACAUGUAAAUAA